AUGUGGGAAAUAGUGUUGUGGAAUUGGAAGCACAGCAGUGUCUUUGCCAGCGAAGAUGAUACAAUCGGCAAAAGAUACAUCUUGCAUUUCGUGCCCAACUUCAUCGUGGCAUUCAAUUCGAUGUCGGUAACAAUGACUUCCUACAACACCCUCAAGACCGGAAUUCAUUUCGACGAAGAUUCCAACGCAACGCGGCCCUACAUCCUAUUGUCUAAUUUUCCAUUUGACAAUAACAAACAAGUGUAUAUAUUCAUAAUAUUUCUACAGUUUUUCUACGUGUUGAUUCUAUUCUCUGCCGCCACUACUAUUAAUUCGGUUCUUUUGGUUAUUUUGAUAAUGCACUUAGGCCAUCAGAUCGAUGUCAUUUGUGAAUGUUUGAUGAAGAUGUCGUCAGAAGAGAACAUGCGUAAGACGAAUGUGACUAUGAUGAAGGAAACAAUCCGGCAACAUCAGAGUGUCAUUACCUUUUCUGAAAAUAUCGAAUAUCUCUAUACGUACAUCGCACUGAUAUUAGUCCUAUUCAGUUCCAUCAUAUCUUGCGGCUUGAGUUUCGUACUCGUCGUGUCAAUCGCAUCGCCCCACUUUUCCAAGAUAGUAAAGAAGAAUAUCAUGUUCUUUGGCGUGGUUACCAUUGAGUCAUUCAUAUUUUGCUUCGCCGGGGAAUACCUUAGUUCCAAGAGCAGAGAAAUCGGCGAGCCUGCGUAUAGUUCGCCCUGGUAUCAGUCCAAGUUCCACGGUCACGCCGUUUUAUUCAUGAUAAUGAAAUGGCAGAAUCAGUUGACGAUCACAAUGGGAAAGUUUGCGUGUCUCUCGUUGGAGCUAUUCUCCAGUAUUAUAACAACUUCUGGGUCCUACGUGUCGGUACUGUUGGCGAUGUAUUGA